AUGAAUCUGGCGACAGAGCAGGCACCAGAAGAACCGGUCGUCGACGACGAUCCGGUGGAUGUGCCGAAUAAAAAUCCCGAGACGUACUGCCGGUUUUGUUUCUCGGAGAAUGAAAUUGAACCUCUGUUUUCGUCGAGCGGUACACAAGCAAGUGCAGAACUGCUGCAACGAAUAUACGAAUGUAUAGGCAUAAAGCUGACAAAGAAAGAUUACUGCCCCAGCAGCAUUUGCUGGUCGUGUACGCUCACCAUGGAGGAGUUCCAGUGUUUUCGCACACGGUGCUUGAAAUUCGACGCACUCGUACGAAACCUGCGGCCGACGGUGAAAUCGGAACCAAGCUACGGAACCACUACACCAACCGAAUUUUCGCAACGAGAGCAAAAAGCUGCCGUCAAACAGCAGUCCGCGGCAAUCGUUGCCCAACAGGGUAAGAGUGGUGGUAGCGCCACAGCUUCGUCCGAUGAGCGGAAAUUUAAAUGCCAGUUCUGUCCACGAAGUUUCAAGCAUAAAAUGUAUCUGGACCAGCAUCUUUGGAAACAUCGGGACAGGAUCGGGCAGGAGGCAGUAGUUGGCACAAAAAAGUCGCACAUCAACGGCAACGGCAGCUCAGCAGCCGGUGUAAAAACCGAACCGGUUCGCACUGUUACAGCGCCAGCACCCAACACCAACACCUCCACGAGCGCCACAGUAGAUCGCCCGAUUAGUUGUGAAUAUUGUCCACGGAAGUUUACGCGCCGGAUGUACUACAUGCAACAUCUUCGUCGACAUAAACCAGACGAGCGGUUGUUCCGUUGCCGACAUUGUCCACGCAGCUUCACGUCACAGAUGAGACGGACGGGACACGAGCGUAAGAUACAUGGCUAUCCGACCAAUUCGAAACCGGAGGAAAAGGAUACCUUCUCCUGUCCCAAGUGUUCCAGAGUGUUUAAACAUCGCUCGUCACUGCGUAUGCAUAUGCUGAACCAUGACGGUCAGCUGCCGUACGGUUGCGACAUAUGCAAUUGCCGCUUUUACAGCGUAAGCUAUCUGGCCCUGCACAAAAAGCGCUACCACGGACCGAACGCAGCCCGAUCCAUGGCGAACGGUACCUCCAUUCCAUGUCACUACUGUUCGCGUUGGUUUUUGCGCGAGUGUGAUCGCUCGAGCCACAUCAAACAGAUGCAUGCGGAUAUGCACGCGAGCAAGGAAUCGGCGGCAGGGUUUAAUCAACUGCUCGAAGAUUGCCCCCCGGCUGAUAGUGAGGGGCUUACCGAUCCGGAAAUACUGCCACCAAACGUGCACGAACCGAUGAUGGUGAUCAAGGAGGAGGAACCGGACGCGAAUGAAUCUGCUGCACCGACUGCGACACCGAGUGCCACUAACGAUCCGAGUGCGUUUCAGUUCUACUGUUACUCCUGUGCGAUGCCGUUUGACACGGAGGAUAUGUACUCGGAGCAUUUAGAUGAUCAACAUCCGUUUGGUGGCGAACAGCUGAUGGAUCAGCUGGAAGCGUCCUCCACGAUGGAGCAGGAAGCGAACCUAUUCAAGUGCCCGUUUUGUCCGAAAACGUUCACGCGUAAGUGGAGCAUGACGCAACACAUUCCAUCGCACAUGACAAAGAAAGGGUACCAGUGCGAAUAUUGUCCUGCCAUCUUCACGCGUAACGAAUACCUGCGGACGCACCGGAAACGUAAACAUCCGACCCUACCCGAGACCGGUGCGUACAAAUGCAGUUACUGUCCACGGUUGUUCCACAAGGCGCGGUACAAGAAAGUGCACGAGCGGAUCGCACAUAUAAAGAAGGGCGACACGCUACCGGAAGGAGAUGAAACGGAGAGUGAACUCGCGGCAAUUAACAGCACGGUUGACAAGAUGGAUGAGAGCAGUAGUAGCAUGGCGCAUGAACUACUUUCACGAGCGUCAGACAGUUUCGACCAAACGUCUAACGAUGCGCACAGUGUGAUUUCAAACCAGAAUUAUGCGGAUCUGGAAGCAUCAGCACGGCUUGCUAUAAUACUAGAACCCUUACCGGAACACGUAUUGGAAGAAUAUCGAUGGCAAUUAGAGGCCUACGCCAGUAUACCUCCAGAAGCGAUAAAGCAGGAAUUGAUAGAAGCACCAGUGGAGAAUGAGAAUUUCGUGGACAAUGAUUAUUAUGAAGUUGAUGACGACAUCGAUGGUGAUGAUGAUGAUAUGGAUGACUUGGCAAGCAAUACCGCCGCUUCGUUUAAUCAGGACGGUUCGAACGAUUCGACGAAACAGCAGCUAUUAAAAAGAAAACGAAGCAAAUUCGGCAUCACUUUGCAUCCGUGUCCGCACUGUACGAAGCUGUUCAAAUCACGUACUGCGCUGCGAUCGCACGCACUUUACCACAGUGGCGAAUUGCCGCACCGGUGUGAUGAGUGUGGCGUGCAGUUUAUGCGCUACAAUCAGCUCGAGUACCAUAAGACCAAAUAUCAUGGUGCCAAUAGUGCGACAAUGGCGGCCCGUUACAGCUGUGACUUCUGUCCGCGUAUUUUUCUACGCAAGCAGGAUCGUACCACCCACCAGCUGAUGGUACAUGCGCGCGAUCAGGCCGAAGCUAUCGAUGCGUCGCCCGCGCAAGCGAUGAUGAAAAAAUCCAAACGGAAGGACUAUGUAUGCAGGGUGUGCGAUGCGGACUUUGAUAAGUAUCGACGGUGCCUGCGACACAUCACGGUGCAUCAUCCAACGGCCGAUGGUGGACCGGAAUGUAAACCGAUCAAACUGUGCCACUGCAGCAUAUGUUCGGGCAUUUACAAGAAAAGCGAGGAUUGGCAUGAGCACCUGACCGAACAUCCGAGUGUGCGGCCGCAUCAUUGUGAGCAGUGUAUCCGGAGGCGAAGGAAAGCGUCCAGCCGGAAACAGGUCCAUCGAUGCUCGUACUGCCCGAAAGCGUUCGAACACAAACCGAACCUGGCGUCGCAUCUGCGCAUACACAAGCAGCAGCUAAGGUUUCCCUGUGGCGAGUGUGGCGUAAUGUACGAUCGGUACCGUGAUCUGAUGACGCAUCAGAGUCGAUACCACUCGGAGAAUCCUGCCGAUGCGAUAGGCCGGGAACCGCUGCAAAGGUGUAACUUUUGUCCGCGCGUCUUCACGCGUUUGCGCGAUGUAAAAUAUCAUCAGGAGCAGGUGCACGCGGAUCAAGUUAUACCCCCGGACAAUGUGGAGGAUAAUAUUGAACCGAACGACGAACCGGAGGAGGAUGAUGAUCUAGAGACGUUCGGUUUCGGUCCCGAGAUGUUUCCUGAGACCAACCUGCAUGAAGUACUGACCACAAUGCAACAGCCGAUAAAACCUGAUCCUGAUCUUGACCUUACAUCACCGUAA